AACUUCUCUAACCAUGCACCAAAUGUCCAAAACGAAUUUCACUUCAUUAAAUCAUUCAACAUAGAGGCUUGCAUUAAAGAUUCCGAAAGGUUAUUAAUUAUCUCAAGAUGGAAAAUGGGCAUGGCUCAAAAUUUGAACUUGUUGUAAGGCAAAUAGGAGAACCAAUGAAAGUGAAGCCUUCAGAAGAAACACAAAAGGGACUCUAUUUCCUUUCAAACCUUGACCAGAACAUUGCUGUUCCAGUUAAAACAGUUUAUUGCUUCAAAUCAAGUUCAAGGGGAAAUGAAGAAGCUCCACAAGUAAUCAAAGAUUCACUCUCAAAGAUUCUUGUCCCUUAUUACCCCAUGGCAGGUACCUUGAUUCUAAGCAAAGAAGGGAAGCUUAUAGUGGAUUGCACUGAAGAGGGUGCAGUGUUUGUUGAGGCUGAAGCAGAGUGUAACAUUGAAGACAUUGGAGAUUUAACAAAACCAGAUCCUCAUAAUCUUGGCAAACUUGUUUAUAGUGUUCCUGGUGCAACCAAUAUUCUUCAGAUGCCUCUUAUGACUGCUCAGGUGACAAAGUUCAAAUGUGGAGGAUUCAGUUUGGGACUAAACAUGAUCCAUUGCAUGAAAGAUGGAAUAUGUGCCAUGGAAUUUGUGAAUGCAUGGAGCAAUGUAGCCAGAGGCUUGAGCUUGAAGGUUCCUCCAUAUCUCGACCGAUCGAUGCUCAGAGCGCGCGACCCUCCCAAGAUCGAAUUUGAACACACAGAAUUUGAGCAGAUAGAAGAUGUAUCAAACACUAACAAGCUUUAUGAAGAAGAGAUGAUCUACAAAUCAUUCACCUUUGACCCUAACAAGCUUGAACACCUCAAGAAAAUGGCUACCCAAGAUGGGGUUUUGAAGAAAUGCACAAGUUUUGAAGCACUCUCAGGAUUUGUAUGGAGGGCUAGAUCUGAAGCAUUAAGAAUGAAAGCUGAUCAAAAGACUAAACUACUCUUUGCAGUUGAUGGAAGGUCCAAAUUUGUGCCACCAAUACCUGAGGGGUACUUUGGGAAUGCUAUUGUUCUAACAAACUCUCUUUGUAAGGCUGGUGAAUUACUGAAUAGCCCUUUGUCAUAUUCAGUGAGUUUGGUUCAUGAAGCAAUUGAAAUGGUGAAUGAUAGUUACAUGAGAUCAGCCAUUGAUUAUUUUGAAGUCACAAGAGCAAGGCCUUCUUUGGCAGCUACACUAUUGAUCACAACUUGGACAAAGUUGUCAUUUCACACUACAAAUUUUGGUUGGGGUGAUCCUUUGUGUUCUGGUCCUGUUACUUUGCCUGAAAGAGAAGUUGUUUUGUUCUUGUCUCAUGGCCAUGGAAGGAGAAGUAUUAAUGUUCUUAUGGGUUUGCCUGCUUCUGCCAUGAACACCUUUCAGGAGUUGGUUAACCAAGUUUGAUUGCGCUUGAUUUGUGUUUUCGUUUUUCAUUUUUAUUUUUAGAG